AAUUUAAGUGAUGUAAAUUUUAGAGGGAUUACUUUUGUCUUAACCUUCAAAAUGCAGUCAGCAAGCUUCCAGCAACUAUUUUUAUGCAUUCAGAUGAAAAAUUAGAAACAUGCUAGGGAACUCUUGAUAAGGAUUAUAGCCUUCCUUGGUAGGAUCUUGGAACCUGCCUGGGUUUAAGGCCAAUAACUACCAUGUGAAUUAGUCUCCAGGUAAAAACACUCUGAGGUUGCCUUUGUUUUUUAAAGAGCAGUUUAUAAUCUUAGCUUUCGAAGAGUGAUUUAAACUACCUGUUUGUUAGGCCUGACUGGUAAUUGAGCGGAGUGAGGCAGACCAGCACGCUGGGAAGCGGGUGGCCUCGUGCUCGACCACGCCCAAGUAACGCUGCCUUCCCGGCUUUGUGCCUUUGCGCACGCGCUGUGGAGCCCAACUUCGCCGCUAGGAGGCGCCGGGCCCUCUUCAGGUCGGCCCUUGGGGCGGUGCGUGUGGAUGCGACGUCACCGCGCACGCCGCCUCUUGUUGCCGGGCAGCGAUGGCGGCUACCCUGGAGUCCUCCGUGGAGGACCCACUGCGGAACUUUGUUCGAGUUUUGGAGAAGCGAGAUGGCACAGUGUUACGACUGCAGCAGUAUGGCUCUGGCGGCGUGGGCUGCGUUGUUUGGGAUGCUGCCAUUGUUCUCUCUAAGUACCUGGAAACGCCCGAGUUUUCCGGCGAUGGGGCCCACGCUCUGAGCCGGCGGUCGGUGCUGGAACUGGGCUCUGGCACAGGGGCCGUGGGGCUCAUGGCCGCUACCCUCGGGGCUGAUGUUGUAGUCACAGAUCUUGAAGAAUUGCAAGAUUUGCUGAAGAUGAAUAUUAAUAUGAACGAGCAUCUUGUCACUGGUUCUAUUCAAGCCAAGGUACUGAAAUGGGGGGAAGAAAUAGAAGACUUGUCUUCUCCACCAGACUACAUACUGAUGGCCGACUGCAUAUACUACGAAGAGUCUUUGGAGCCAUUGUUGAAAACUCUAAAAGAUCUUAGUGGAUUUGAGACUUGUAUUAUAUGUUGUUAUGAACAACGAACCAUGGGAAAAAAUCCAGAAAUUGAGAAAAAGUAUUUUGAGCUACUCCAACUAGACUUUGACUUUGAAAAAAUUCCUUUGGAGAAACAUGAUGAAGAAUAUCGAAGCGAAGAUAUUCAUAUUUUAUACAUCAGAAAGAAAAAACCGAAAUCUCCAUCGUGAAAUCUUUAGUCAUCUUACCCAAGUCUCUAACAACCUGGGUAAGCUAAAGAUGUGAGUGGAGCAUGUGAAUACAGCAUGGGAAGAUUGUGUUCACAGAUUAUUCCAGCAUGUCCGUAGAGAUUUGAUAUAUAAAUGAAAACUACCAUGGGCUGCCUGCAAUUCGAAAAAUGAUUACUGACUGCCUGCCUGCCAUUGGGCCUGAAAUCCAACUUAGUUUACUUUUAGCUCAGCAUCAGGUUCUGCUUAAAAGAAAAUUGCAUAUCAGUCACUCCUCAAAUGAAAAUAGGUAUUGCGAUUUGCCAAAGUCUGCCAGAAAUAAACAGUGAAGCAGCAUAACCAUGACUUGGUGUAUCUUCAGGAAACCAGGGAUAAAUUGAUCCAAUUUCUAAAGAGAGACAUCUAUUACUAUGUAAUUAUGUUUAAAUUGAAACUAGUAAAAUUUAGUUGUCUUCAAGAUAGAUAAACCUAAAAAAAGAUUUUUAUUUUAACAUAAUUCUGCAGUGGUUUUAUAUAUACCUUCCACUUCAUUGCUGUUAUUAAGAUAGCUUUAGUGUUUAAAUUUUCUUUUAUUAAAAAAAAAACCAAACAAAAAUACUGUUUUCUAUAUUUAAAUUAGCCAAAGUUUUAUUCUUUUCCUCCACCAUACAUGUCUAUGUGAGUUGGAUAGUAAAUUAUACUGUAAUGAGUUGGUAAGAAUGAAAGUAAGAAAUCAGGAGUGGGGAAAGGUAUCUUUACAGAAUCUUCCAUUUGAGAAUGGAGUGAGAAUAAAAAGCCCACUUUCAGGCUUGUGCACUUAUGUGGCUCUUGCACUUCUCCUUGUGUGUAUCUUCUAGGAAAAUGACUAAAAUCACUGCUGUUUUUACAUGGAACAGAGAAAGGUUUUUAAGUAACUACACAUGUAGUUCUGUAUACAUUUAGCAAAUGAUUUUGGUUCUGUGUCGUCUGUUUUAUGUUAGUGAUGGUAAUCAUCUGCUCAGACUCGGAUCUAUCAAGGACUUCGGUCAUACCAGUUGUGAAGAGUAAUACUAACUGGAUGGGAUUCUGGUAUUUACAGGCAUUGGUGCUUGGUGGCACAUUUUAUGUAUUAAAAUAAACAUUGUUUUUGAGA